AUGGUACUCACUGAAGAGGGUAGCCCCCAACAGAUUUUGGUUACUGGUUUUUAUGGUUUCCCUGAAACAUCAAGGAGAGGGGAAAGCUGGAGCCUGUUGAGAUUGAUCAAACCAAGGGAGGACAAACCGUGGCUUUGUUUGGGGGAUUUCAAUGAGAUAUUGCAUCACCAUGAAAAGAUGGGAGCAGCUAGCAGACCAUAUUCACAGAUGGAGGCAUUCAGAAUGUCUAUGGACUGGUGUGGCCUGAGUGACCUUGGGUUUGAAGGCUCAAAAUUCACGUGGUGCAACAAUAGAGAGGGUGAUCAGUUUACUAAAGAAAGACUGGAUCGUGCUAUGGGUAAUUUGAUGUGGUCUGACCUGUUCUGUGAUUGCAACAUCAGUGCUCUUGCUGCCCAAACUUCUGAUCACAGCCCAUUACUGGUUAUUGCUACAAAGAGAGGUAUGAGGCAUUCAAGUUUUGAGUCAAGAAGGAAGAAGAUCUUCAGAUUUGAAGCAAGCUGGAAUGUACAUGAAGCAUGCAACAACAUUGUUAAAUCUACUUGGUCUGCACAGGGUUCAGCUCAGGGCCCUAAAAUGAAUUUAUUCAUGAGGAAACUAAAAAGUUGCAAGGAGUCCUUAAAGCAUUGGAGCUCGAGCCUUGGGAAAAAACAGAGGGACAUACAAGGACAACUAAAGCUUCUUUUGAGGAUGCAGGACUCAAAUAUGGGCUCUAACACAGCAGCCAUAAAAGCGCUUCAGAAGGAAAUUGAUAAAUCUCUUGAGGAAGAGAACCUAAGAUGGCAACAGAGAGCAAAACAACUGUGGUUAAGAGAUGGGGACAGAAACUCUAAAUUCUUCCAUAAAUGUGCCAACCAGAGGAGGAAGAACAAUGGAAUUCUCAAGCUUAUGAGGACUGAUGAAAGCUUUACAACAGAUUUGAGAGAGAUUUCUAGUUUGUUUUCUCAGUACUACCAAGAUCUAUUUACAUCAUCAAAUCCAAGGGGAAUUGAGGCAUGUCUGAACCAGGUCCAUCCUCGGGUAGACAGAGAGAUGAAUGCCAACUUAACCAAACAGUUUUCAGCUGAAGAGGUAAAGUGUGCUAUAUUCCAUAUGAAUCCAAUGGGAUCACCAGGACCAGAUGGAUACCCUGCUUUGUUCUACCAAUCACACUGGGAUAUUGUGGGAGCUGAUCUCACUGAUGCUGUCCUGGAAAUAUUAAAUGGGAAUGGUAAUAUUGCAGCUAUUAAUGAUACUUUCAUAGUACUAAUUCCAAAAAUCAGAUGUCCCCAAACUGUCCUGGAUUUUAGGCCUAUCUCUCUUUGCAAUGUCGUUUAUAAGGUGGUGUCCAAAGUUCUCUCGAAUAGACUCAAACUGAUUCUCCCUUAUAUUAUUGCACAGUCCCAAAGUGCUUUUAUCCCUGGCAAAAUGAUUAUGGACAACGUCAUAGUGGCCUUUGAAACUCUUCAUGCAAUGUCAACCAAAGGCAAAGGGAAGCAAGGAUAUAUGGCCAUAAAGCUAGACAUGAGCAAGGCCUACGAUAGAGUGGAAUGGGUCUUCUUGAGAAGGGUCAUGGGUAAGAUGGGCUUCAGCAAUAGAUGGAUUAACUUGGUCAUGCAGUGUGUAACUACAGUAUCCUAUUCUCUCCUUAUAAAUGGUAGCUCUCAAUGCAGUUUUAUCCCAACUAGAGGAAUCAGACAGGGAGAUCCUCUCUCCCCCUAUCUUUUCAUAUUGGUGGCUGAGGUGCUUAGUAGCUUAAUGAACCAUGCUGAAAGUAUCAAGAUGAUUCAUGGUUUUCCCAUUUCCAGGGGGAAGCUUAGCAUCAAUCACCUCUUUUUUGCUGAUGAUAGCUUGAUUUUCUGUAGAGCCAAUGCAGGAGAGUGGUCAUCUACCCAGGCUCUGCUGAACCUUUAUGAAGAAGCCUCGGGUCAGAAACUUAACAAGACCAAAACCUCUAUUUUCUUCAGUUCCAGUACAAAGCCAGCUGCAAGGGAAUAUAUUUUGAAACUGGCUGGAACAAGGGCCUCCUCAAGCUAUGAGAAGUACCUUGGAUUACCAGCUCUCAUUGGUAGAUCUAAGAAUGCUGCUUUUAAGGGUAUCACUGACAGAAUCAGAGGAAGAAUCAGCAACUGGAAAAACAAGUUUCUCUCUCAGGCAGGGAAGGAAAUACUUCUCAAGGCUGUGAUUCAAGCCCUUCCCACUUAUUGCAUGGGAGUUUUCAAACUUCCUAAAUCCCUUUUGAAUGAAAUCAACAAAAUUAUGCACCAUUACUGGUGGGGCCAUCUACAAAAUGAAAAAAGGGUGCACUGGGUAUCUUGGGGUCAAAUGGGAAGAUCAAAAUCCGCAGGUGGUUUGGGUUUUAGGGACCUUGAGAGUUUCAAUUUAGCUCUUUUGGCUAAACAAGGAUGGAGAAUCAUCCAACAGCCCAAUUCCCUUGCUGCACAGGUUCUAAAAUUGAAAUAUUUUCCAAGUGUUGAUUUCUUUCAAGCCAAAGUGGGUUAUAGACCUUCAUUUAUAUGGAGAAAUUUCUGUGCUGCAAAGGGUCUGAUAGAAAAAGGCUCCAUAUGGCGUAUUGGUGAUGGUCAAAGCACCAAAAUAUGGAAAGAUAGGUGGCUGCCACAACCUACAAGCUACAGAAUCCAAUCACCUGUAAACAUUCUGCUGGAGGAUGAGAAAGUGGCUAGACUCAUAAACCAAGAAACUAAGCAGUGGGAUAGAGGCUUGAUAACAGAAGUUUUUGGCCCUGAGGUAGCAGCAGAGAUCCAGAGAAUUCCCUUAAGCUCAUCUGGUCUUAUGGAUAAACUAAUCUGGUUGGGAUCCAAAGAUGGCUCUUUCACAGUUAAGAGUGCCUAUCACCUACAAAAGGAACUCUAUGCACAGCUCAAGGGACAAUCUUCUAGGGGGUUACCGAGGCAGAGGGACUGGACUGACUUGUGGAAGAUGCAGAUCCCCAAUGCUAACAAAUCUUUCUUAUGGCGUGCAUGCUUAGAAGCUCUCCCUACAAAGCUCAACCUCUGCAGGAAAAGGAUUGUGGACUCUCCUAUAUGCCCUAUCUGUUGCUUGGAAGAGGAAACCACCACUCAUGCUCUCUGGAACUGCAUUUCUGCCAUGGAUGUAUGGAGUCAAAGCCACAUAUUUUUCCAAAAAAGCUCUUUCAGGGUGGACAGUUUUAAGGAUCUAUUCGAGUGCCUCAGAGAGCAGGGUACUCAACCUCUAAUGGAACUGUUUUCAGUCAUAUCCAGGAACAUAUGGCUUAGAAGGAAUAAACUGGUUUUUGAGGGUUCCUUCAUGCAUCCCAACCUGGUGGUGAGUCAAGCAUCUUUAUCACUUGCAGCUUAUAAGGAGGCCCAAGGAAGUAGGAAAAGUACUCCUCAAGCUUCUAGUACUCGAAUGACUGGGUGGUAUCCUCCUCCCUCAGGCUCUAUUAAGAUCAACUGGGAUGCUGCUGUGGAUGUGCCUCAAGCUAAGGUUGGCAUUGGUCUGGUGGCCCGAGACCAUGAGGGCAGGAUCUUAGUUACAAAGCAGCUCAUUAUCUCAAGCAUUCCUGACCCUCUAUUGGCUGAAGGUUUAGGAGCUUUCCAGGCAGCUUCUCUGGCUAGGGACAUGGAGUUCAGCCCUGUCAUCCUGGAAGGGGACGCUGUGCAGAUAGUGAAUGGCAUUAAUCAUCAGCUUGAGAGAUGGGAUAGGGUGGGAAUGGUCAUGUAUGACACUGGUUUGGUACUCUCCAGGUUAGGCCAAUGGUCUGUGGUUUUUGUCAGGAGGUGUGGCAAUCAAAUGGCACACAAUCUGGCCAAGGAUGCCCUUAGGCUAGAGGAGGAUUCGGUUGUUGUGGUCUUUGGACCUCCCUGUAAUCAUGUAGCUCUAGGCACAACAAUUGAUAUCAGAGUUUUGGUUCGUGCUAUUCAGAAAAUUGCAGUUGAUCGAAAUCAAUUUUUGAUCACACCACAACGUUCCUCUCGUCAAGACGGAUCUGUUGCCGCAAACGGCAUCGAAAACGAACACCGGAGGAGCCCGCACGCGCCUCUAGAAGUUGGAGAGUGUGGAAGAGAUAGGAAUUCUGGAAAUGCCAGUAGUUCCGGGUGUAGGUCCACAGUUUCAAAUGGUAAGUUUGAAGUUGAAAAGUUCGAUGGAACUAGCAACUUUGACAUGUGA